GCGAAGACGAGAAACUUGCUGCUUCUUUGCUCGACGGGAAGUUUCCCCGGAGCACAUCCAUGCAAGACACCGUUAGGGAAGGACAUGGGAUUCCACCGCCGCCCCAAACAGCCCCGCCCCCGCCUCCCUCUCCAUACUACUUCGACACGGGCCCCCCUCCAUCCUUCUCGCCACCCCCGCCCCCGGGAAGAGCUUACGACACCAUCAGGUCGAGCUUCAAGCCCAGCCUGGAGGCCAAACUCCACGGCCUCCCGCAGGUCAUCAGCGCGGCCGAGAUGUACGACCAGGCCAGGACGUCCAUCCCUUACCCCGAGCGGCAGAAGAGGGCCCGCUCCAUGAUAAUCCUCCAGGAUUCCUCCCACCUCCCCGUGGAGCCCACGGAGAUCCCCCGGCCCGGCCCGUCCGCCACCCCGCCGGAGAAGCUGAAGCGGAAGGGGAGGGUCAUCGACAACCCCUACGCCAACAUGGGGCAGUUCAACGUGAGCCUGUUCGCUCCCGCCAAGCCGCAGAGGAAGAAGAGCCCGCUGGUGAAGCAGCUGCAGGUGGAGGACGCGCAGGAGCGGGCGGCGCUGGCCAUCACCGGCGGCUUCAGCAGGGAGCCCUCGCCCACCCGCCGGGGCCACCGCCUGGGCGGGGUGGAGUACCAGCACCACGCCGGCAUCGCUCAGGUCGAAGCCACCGCGGGCAUCCCCUUUGCCACUGCCAUCGCUGGCGUCAUGAAGGACCGAGACCGUCGCCUGGAUGAGAGGCGGAAAUCCACUGUCUUCCUCUCGGUCGGGGCCAUCGAGGGGACGCCCCCCCCGCCCAGCGAGAUGCCGUCCCUGCAGCAGUCCAGGUCCAUCGAUGAGCGGUUGUUAGGAAGCCGAGAUGUUCUACUGCCUUCCCCCGUCUCAGCUUUAAAGCCAUUAAUUAGCAGCUCGUCCUCGACGUUCAUCCACCCCCUCACGGGAAAGCCCCUGGAUCCGAACUCCCCACUGGCGCUUGCGCUGGCCGCAAGGGAACGGGCCCUGUCCACCCAAGUCCCAUCCCGGUCGCCCACCCCGAUCCACAGCCCCGACUCAGACAGAGCAGCACCCCUGUUCGUGGACAUCCAAACCAAAGAACCAGAGAGGGGCGACUUGGAGAGCUUGGUGUCCCCCGCCUACUCCCCCGGAGGCAAAGGAGUGAUGGGAGCCAUCGGAGCCAUCGCGGCAGACUCUGGGACUUUGGCCCCCGCCAAGAGCCCGUGGGGGACUCCGUCCACGCUGAGGAAAGAGACCGAGGCCCGAGCGGAGACCCCGGGGAAGGAGGAGAAGAAACCGGAGGACAAGAAGUCCAUGAUCAUCAGCAUCGUGGACACGUCGCAGCAGAAGACCGCCGGCCUCAUCAUGGUCCACGCCACCAGUAAUGGCCAAGACGAGAUAGGACUUGAGAUAAAAGAGGAGACCCCGGCCGUCCCCGAGGUCUGCACGGAGCCGGCCGAGCCCCCCCCCAAGGCGGAGCCCCAGCCCAGCCCCGUGGGGAAGCCUCCGGUCAGCCCCGCCGCCGCCGACAAGGCGCUGGGCCAGGGGAGCUCGGAGGAGGAGGUGGAGCCCUACACGGUCACGCUCCCGCCGGCCCAGCUGUCCUCCAGCGACGAGGAGACCAGGGAGGAGCUGGCCAAGAUAGGGCUGGUGCCUCCGCCGGACGAGUUCGCCAACGGGGUCCUGGUGACCACCCCCGGCACGCCCGUGAGCCACCUGGCUACGCCCAGCACGCCAUCCAUACCAGCGGCAGCAGUAGCACCUUCUACCACUGGCGGAACACCCUCAGGGAAGCCCUCCGACGCCCCCGCGGCCCCGGAGUCCGCCGCGGACUCGGGGGUGGAAGAGGUGGACACCAGGAGUUCGAGCGACCACCACCUGGAGACCACAAGCACCAUCUCCACGGUCUCCAGCAUGUCGACGCUGUCCUCGGAGAGCGGGGAGCCCACCGACACGUACACUUCCUUUGCGGAUGGACAAACUUUUAUACUCGAGAAGCCACCAGUGCCUCCAAAGCCAAAACUCAAGUCCCAGCUCAGCAAGGGGCCAGUUACUUUCAGGGACCCACUUUUGAAGCAGUCUUCGGACAGCGAGCUCAUCUCCCAGCAACAUGCGGCCACGCUGGCGUCCGCCAGCAUCGGCCGGCCACGCUACCUCUUUCAGAGAAGGUCCAAGCUAUGGGGGGACCCCAUGGAGAGCAGGCCCAUCCAUGGGGCUGACGAUGACAAGCCAACUGUGAUCAGUGAGCUAAGUUCCCGACUCCAGCAGCUGAACAAGGAUACACGAUCACUGGGGGAGGAACCGGCCGGGUCCACCUUAGACCCCGGGAAGAAGUCGCCGGUGGUCGCGGCACGACGGGCUCCCACGGAAGGACCUUUGACCAGAGGGACUGAGAAAGAGGCCAAGAAAGACUGAGAAUGGGAACGUGAGGUCAGAGUGGAGGAAUUGCUGGAGGCAGUGUUGAUUCCAUCCCCUCAGGACCAGGACCAGGCACACCAGUGUGCCCAGGCUGAGAGGGGCUCGCCUGGCACAGCUCCUGCUCGGUCCUCACCGGUGGUGACAGUGACAGCAGAGCAGAGGGACAAACUUCCUUUCAUCCUGCCCUUGGGAAUGGCCCUUGUGUGGGGACACACGGACCCGGCUCUGCUGGAGCUGCCCUGGCAGUGUGAGGCCGACAGCACCUUCUCCCUGUUUAACCUGGAAUCACAGAGCCACUGAGGUUGGAAAAGCCC